UACAGUAGUCAUCAAUGGAAUGGUGACCGGAGGAGGAGGCGGCGGUGGUGGUGGUGGCGGCGGUGGUGGGAAUUUUCAAGAUGAGGGGGAAAGUAGAAACCCUUCCAUGGCAUCGGCAGCUGGUGGAGCUACGAGGUCAUGGGGGACUACCAUUUCUGGUCAAUCUGUCUCGACAAGCGGCAGCGUUGGGUCUCCCUCCACUCUCAGCGAGGCGGCUAUGGCUACUCCCGCCAGUCAGAAAAAGAUUCUGAGGCUAAAUCAUCUUGAUUUACAAGAUGACGAUGCCGGAUCUCAAGGAGAUAUAGGUAGCAACACCAAGAAGAAGAAGAAGAGAGCUCAACGAGUGGUUGCAGGAGGGGAUAAAAGUAGCAGAGGUUUACGCCAGUUCAGUAUGAAAGUGUGUGAGAAAGUUGAAAGCAAGGGAAGAACUACAUACAAUGAGGUUGCUGAUGAACUUGUGGCUGCAUUUGCUGAUCCUAGUUAUACUAUGGUAUCUCCAGACAAGCAACAAUAUGAUGAGAAGAACAUAAGGAGAAGAGUAUACGAUGCACUCAAUGUACUCAUGGCUAUGGAUAUAAUAUCCAAGGACAAAAAGGAAAUUCAAUGGAAGGGUCUUCCCAGGACUAGCCUGAAUGACAUUGAAGAGAUAAAGGCAGAGCGUCUUGGGCUAAGAAGCAGAAUUGACAAAAAAACAGCUUAUUUGCAAGAACUUGAGGAACAUUACAUAGGUCUUCAGAAUCUUGUACAAAGGAAUGAGCGGUUAUAUGGCUCAGGGAACACUCCUACUGGAGGUGUGGCUUUGCCUUUUAUACUUGUGCAGACGCGUCCCCAUGCAACCGUCGAGGUAGAGAUAUCCGAAGAUAUGCAACUGGUUCAUUUCGACUUCAACAGCACUCCUUUUGAGCUACACGACGAUAAUUAUGUUAUGAAGGCGAUGAAAUUCUGUGGAAUAAAUGAGGACGAAUCAUUGCCCAACUUCUCAACAGAUGGAGGUGAAGGCUCAAGUAUGUACCAAGCCCAACCGUCAAGGCCAAACUGACAUCCCAAUUUGCCUGCCUCUUUUUCGGGUAAUCUUUCGAACAUUAGUUUUUUGUUCUUUUUUGUAUCUGACACCUAGAAUGAUCGUGUCUGUUGGGUCUUGUAUAUCAUGUAGAUCGUUAAUGUUGUUAGUUUGGAUUAUAUUGCUAGAGAUUAUAUUGUCAUGUAUAAUGGUGAGGUAUAAUGUUCAACUGUGAAGAUCUGUUUUAUCCUUUUGAAUUUGGUAUGAUUCACAGUU